CAUGGGCAAGAUGUCUCUUACCUGAUCUUAAAAAUAUACGCAGAUAUUUGGCUUCAUUGCGGGACUUGUCUGCAAUUUAUACUAUUCCUCCCUUCACCCGUCUCUCUGACUCUCUCUCCUAUCUCGCACACACUUCCGUCUUCGAUUCAUGUCCUCGUCUCGCAAGGUCAACUUGAUCGGCAUGUGAUUUGCAAUUAGAUCUACUUUUAUUCUUUUUGAUCGCAGCUGUAGAAUUUGAUUUUGGGCUGCUGAGUUCAACUUGAUAUUUUAUUGGGCUUUUCGGGGCUCUGAAUUUUAAAUUCUAGGGCUUUCGUUUGAGUUAGCUUGCUAUUAGUUGUGGUGGGAGUCAUGGAUGGUAACAAGGAUGAGGCUUUAAAGUGUAUUGGUAUCGCUAAGGAAGCGAUUGCAUCUGGUAGAAAAGAGCGUGCUCUUAAAUUUAUUAGAAUUGCGCAACGGCUUAAUAGCACGUUGUCUGUUGAUGAUCUGAUUGCCGCUUGUGAGAAGAUGGAUUCAUCGGCGUCGGGCCCUUCAGAGAAUGGGAGUCAUGUUGAUAGGAGCCAGAGUGGGGUUUCAUCGGGAGCAAAAUCUGCUGAGGGUUCCAAUGUGGAGAGAAAUUAUACUGAAGAACAUGUGAAAUUGAUCAAGCAGGUUAACAAGAACAAGGAUUAUUACGCAGUGCUUGGGGUAGAAAAGACGUGUUCAGUGGAGGAGAUUAGAAAGGCUUAUAGGAAACUGUCUUUGAAGGUUCACCCUGAUAAGAAUCAAGCUCCGGGUGCGGAAGAGGCAUUUAAGAAAGUGUGCAAGGCUUUUAAGUGCUUAAGUGAGGAGGAUUCAAGGAAGCAGUAUGAUCACACUGGGUUGGUUGAUGAUUUUGAGUAUAAUCAACAACAUAAUAAUGUUAGGAGGCGGAGGAGGAGGACUAAUAAUGACUUUUUUGAUGAUGAGUUUGACCCUGAUGAAAUAUUUAGGGCCUUUUUUGGUCAGACAAACAUGUUCCAUACGUCUCAUGUUUAUAGGACUAGGGGAAUGGGAACUCAGCAAAGGACAGAGGGUAAUGGUGGAGGGCCUAAUCUCAUGGUGUUCCUACAAUUAGUGCCGUUCUUGUUGAUCUUGUUGCUUGCAUAUUUGCCAUUCUCAGAGCCCGAAUACUCUCUGCAAAGAAACUAUUCUUAUCAAUUUCCUCGAGUGACUGAGAAAUUUGGGGUUGAGUUCUAUGUCAAGUCACAAGAAUUUGAUCGCAGUUAUCCUUUAGGAAGUGCUGCUCGAGAAAAUAUCGAGGAAAAUGUUAUUCAGGAUUACAAAAACUUGCUUGGACGCUACUGCCAUAUUGAACUUCAACGCCGUCAGUGGAGUCGUAAUCUGCCAACUCCACAUUGUGAUAAGCUCCAAAAUUUUGGAGUGGCAUAAGGAACUUUGGAGCGACGUGAUAAAAUAGUAUAGACAGCACUGCAUGAUCCGAGGGCUGGAAUCAGAAUUUUGGCUUGUAUACUGCACAAGACUUAGGUGAAUGAGGUGACACUGUUGAUGAAUGUUUCCCUAAUUUACUUUUAGUGCCCUGCAUUCGUGUCCGAUGGUGCUUCCGGCAAGGAAAAACCCUACUUUUAGUCUUUUUUCUUCUCUUAAUUAACCCAAUUCCAUGGGGAUGUCACACCUAUAUGGGUAUUAUCUUGUAAGUGGUAUGAUUUGGUAUUUGCGUGCAGUGUCAGGGAAUAGUAUUACUGAAUACUGAUCCCUGACCUAAACACAGGAUCAUUAUAAGUAUAGGUGGACUGAGCAAUAAAUUAACCUGUGCAGACAAUGAAUAGCAGUUGUUCUUCAACCUUGAAGAGAAGCUCAUUGUUUGAAGUUAUUUUAGUAUCCUUGUAGGAUAAUCAAGAUGUUGAUGUCAGAUUUUACAACCGGCUUAUAAAUAUGAAUGUAGCGAUUUUAACAA